UGUCAGCCUCUCUCGUUUAUUGAAUACAUACGUCGCAGUCUGUAUGCACCAUCGAUCCGUGAGCGUACUUUAUAUAUCAAGCCACGUUGGUGAUCACUUAGCACUUAGGAGAGAUAACAUCUUUCUCCGAUGCUCAUUUCAUUGUGUUCUGAUCAUUUUCGUGUGCGUCGCGUCGAUAAAUAAAUGGCUAUUGUGCGUAAUCGAAGAAAAAAAAACCAGACAUCGCUUUAUUACAACAUCACGUUAUCAAAGUGUUACGUUAUCAGAAUAUAUGUAAUUUCUUCCAACUCCUCGUUCGUGAGUGUCUUUUGAACGGAAUUAUCGUCUGUCGAUACGCAUAUUUCGUAAUACUUCUAAUAAUAUUCUUUUGGUCUAAUUCUUUUUUUCUAAUUUCAAUCCAUGCAUUCUUUCCCUUUUCGUUAUAUUGUUUUUGAGCCAUUAGGUACGUGAAUUUCAGGAACUGUGUCGGAUCCAAUCUCGCAUAAGAUAGAGACGUCUAUUUCACAUGUAGACAUAUCAGACGAUUCUAGCCGACUCUGAUCGACUCUAACCGUUACCGGCGGCUACCCAUCACGUACGAAGGCGCAACACUUGCACAUAUACGACGCGCGCGCGCGCGAAGAUGGCCGGGAAUUGGUCAAGUUUAAAUCGGCGCGGUUUUCAAUUGGUCGAAAACCUGUUACGCGCCCGGAGCUCACAUAUAAAGGGCUUUGUAAAUCAAAGACGCCUCGCAGACGCUGGUAAUCUUUCAUAUAGUCGAGGUUAUCAUCUUUCUACCAUCUGUUGCAUUCCGAAACGAAGCAUGGCAGCGAUACUCAAUAAAAGCAUUUGGGAGAGCGAUCCCGAGCUUUUCGAUUUGAUAAAGAAGGAGAAGAUACGGCAGGAAUCUGGGCUGGAACUGAUAGCGAGUGAAAAUUUCACGUCUCUCAGUGUAUUGCAGUGUAUGAGUUCGUGUUUACAUAAUAAGUACAGUGAAGGACUGCCUGGUCAAAGAUACUACGGUGGAAAUGAAUUCAUCGAUGAAAUCGAAUUGCUGGCGCAGAAACGUGCCUUAGAAGCCUUUAAUUUAGAUCCUGAGCAAUGGGGUUGCAACGUACAACCCUAUUCGGGAAGUCCAGCGAAUUUUGCAGUGUACACCGGCCUAUUGGAGCCUCACCAACGUAUAAUGGGCUUAGAUUUACCCGAUGGUGGCCAUCUUACUCACGGUUUCUUCACGCCAAACAAGAAAAUCUCCGCUACGUCCAUCUUCUUCGAAUCGAUGCCGUACAAAGUUGAUCCUGUGAGUGGCUUGAUCGACUACGACGAACUCGCCAAACAUGCCAGAUUAUUUAAGCCGAAAGUCAUCAUCGCUGGAGUCUCCUGCUACAGUAGAUGUCUGAACUACAAACGUUUCCGUGAAAUUGCUGACGAGAAUAACGCUUAUCUUUUUAGCGACAUGGCUCACGUCUCCGGAUUGGUCGCCGCCGGAUUAAUACCCAGUCCUUUCGAAUUUAGUGACGUUGUUUCGACAACUACACAUAAAACCUUACGAGGGCCGCGUGCUGGCGUUAUUUUCUUCCGAAAAGGCGUCCGAAGCGUCACGAAGGACGGCAAGAAGAUUAUGUAUGACAUAGAGGAUAAAAUUAAUCAAGCAGUUUUUCCGGGUCUUCAAGGUGGUCCCCACAAUCAUGCUAUCGCUGGUAUAGCUACAGCUAUGAAACAAGUGAAAACACCGGAAUUCCUCGAGUAUCAGAAACAAAUAGUGAUUAACGCGAAGAGAUUGUGUGCCGGUUUGCAAGAGCGUGGUUAUAAAAUCAGUACCAAUGGCACGGAUAUACAUUUGGUGUUGGUAGAUCUACGAUCCUCGGGGAUAACUGGCUCGAAAGCAGAAAAGAUUUUGGAAGACAUUUCUAUCGCCUGUAAUAAAAAUACUGUUCCCGGUGACAAAAGUGCAUUUAAUCCUAGUGGUAUCCGUUUAGGAACACCUGCAGUCACCACUCGCGGGUUAAUCGAGAAGGACAUCGAUAAAGUUGUGGACUUUAUAGACAGAGGAUUGAAACUUUCUAAGGAAGUGACUGCUAUCUCCGGACCGAAACUAGUUGAUUUCAAGAGAGUAUUAAGUACCGAUGAAAAUAUUAAAACAAAAAUUGCAGAUCUAAAAAAAGAAGUGGAAAUUUUCUCCAUGCAAUUUUCGAUCCCUGGUUACGAAACUUAUUAAGCAUUAUGAAACAUACAAGUUCAACAGUUCAAUUAAAAAACUGUGGCAACCGGCCUCGGUCUCCUCGCCGAUAGAAAGACAUGGUAGAGUUACAUUAACUGAUAAAUAAGAAAAAUUACAUCACAGAAAAAUAUAAAGAACGCAGUAUUUCGCUUGUAAAGUGAACCUCUAAAAUUGGACUUUAGAGUGAAAAUAAAUAAAAUAUGUUUUUAACAGUACAAUUUCAUUUAAAAAUUAAU